GGAAUUGCGCGCAUGCGCCCUGGCGACGUUUGUGUCAAACAUGGCUGUGCUUUUGAAGAAAGAAAAAUGCUGAAUUGUGGUGGAAGAAAUCGAAAAAAGAGGCAAGAAUGGCAAGGUUGGCUGAUUACUUCAUUGUCGUCGGAUACGACCAGGAAAAAACGGGUUCAGGAGAGGGAAGUGGCAGAAUCAUCCAGCGCUUCCCCAAAAAGGACUGGGAUGGCACAGCGUUCCCUCAGGGUGUGGAGAUGUUCUGUCAGCCAGGAGGAUGGAGGCUGUCUCGUGAGAGGAAACCACCGACGUUCUUCACAGUGGUGCUGACGGACAUCGACUCGGACAGACACUACUGCUCUUGCCUGACCUUCUACGAGGCCGAGGUCAACUUGCAGGGCACAAAGACUCUGGAAGGUGAUGGAGAUGAAGACGAAGAGGAGGAUGGUCUGAUCCAGCCAGCACAAGUGUUUGCGCCCAAAAGUCUAAUCUUGGUCUCCAGGCUGGAUUACCCGGAAAUAUUUAGGGGCUGUUUGGGGCUGAUCUACACGGUUUACAUUGACACUCUAAACUUCCCUCUGGAGGGUUUGGUGGCCAACCUUCUCACAUGCACAGUGCCUGUGGCAGGAGGCUCCCAGAAACUCUUUUCUCUGGGAGCUGGAGAUCGACAGCUGAUCCAGACUCCUAUAAACGACAGCCUGCCUGUUACCAAUAAAAGCUUGUCUCUCCUCUUCCAGCAGCUAGGGAUCCAGAAUGUUCUGAGUCUUUUUUGUGCAGUUCUGACAGAACACAAGGUUUUGUUCCAUUCUACAAGCUACCAGAGACUUGGAGAGGCCUGCCGAGCCUUAGAUGCCAUGAUGUUUCCUCUCAAAUACAGCUAUCCUUACAUUCCAAUCCUCCCAUCUCGGCUGCUCGAGGUGCUGAGCUCACCCACUCCCUUCAUCAUCGGCGUGCACUCCAUGUUCCAGAGCGAGAUUCAUGAACUGCUUGAUGUAAUCAUUGCGGACCUGGAUGGAGGAACGAUAAAAAUUCCAGAGUGUAUCCACCUGUCUCAGCUACCUGAGCCUCUGUUGCACAACACUCAGACCACUCUGUCUAUGGUUCUCCAUCCAGAUCUUGAGAUAGCAGAUAAUGCCUUCCCUCCCCCGCGCUCUGCUCCGUCCAACCUCAAGCUGCUGGAUAAGGAGGUGAGGGCCGUCUUCCUGCGCUUGUUUGCACAACUGUUCCAGGGCUACAGGUCCUGUCUGCAGCUCAUUCGAAUCCAUCCUGAACCCGUGAUUCACUUUCACAAGGCUGCCUUCCUGGGCCAGCGUGGCCUGAUCGAAAAUGACUUUCUUCCCAAGGUGUUGGAUGGCAUGGCCUUCGCCGGCUUUGUGUCAGAGAGAGGGCCUCCUUACAGAGCUUGUGAUCUUUUCGAUGAGCUGGUGGCCUUCGAUGUGGAGCGCUUUAAGGAGGAAGAAGAGAACCCAACCAAGUUGCAGAAGCACAUGAGAGAACUCUCUGAGCAGCUUUAUCGAAACGAGAACCCUAAUCCCCAUAUGGCCUUCCAAAAAGUGCCUCGGCCCAGCGAGGGCUCGCACUUGCGAGUGCAUGUGGUGCCCUUCCCGCUGCUGGAAGAGGACAAGGUGGAAGAUCUCAUGCAAGAGGGCCUGGCCAAGCAGAACCACACCAACAUAAGUGCCCGGCCUGAAAGGAAGUGUGUGGUGCCCGCCGGUCCUCCUGUGGUGUCCAUCACAGGGAAGGCUAGCUCAGUGUUCAACAGUGCCCGGCGCCUGGAGGUGGUGCGGAGCUGCAUUGGCUUCAUCUUCGAAAAUAAGACUCUGGAGACUGAGAAGGCUCUCCCUGCAGCCCUGCGCGCACUUAAAGGCAGGGCAGCGCGACAGUGUCUGACUGAAGAGCUCAGCCUACACGUACAACAGAACCGUGCCAUCCUGGACCACCAGCAGUUCGACCACAUAGUGCGCAUGAUGAACUGUGCUCUUCAGGACUGCUCGAACUCUGAAGAGUACACAGUGGCUGCAGCCCUGCUGCCCCUGACAACAGCCUUUUAUCGGAAACUGGCUCCUGGGGUAAACCAGUUUGCCUACACCUGCGUGCAGGAACAUCCUAUCUGGACCAAUCAGCAGUUUUGGGAGGCCACCUUCUACUCAGAGGUGCAGAACCAGAUCCGAGCCUUGUACCUCAACAGCCCUGAGGACAACCAGCUCAUCACUGCCAAACUCAAGGAGCCGGGUCUUUUGCCGCCAUCAUCCCCCAGUGAGUCAGAGCGGACGGCCAUGGACUUGGCCGCUGAGCAGCUGCGGGCCUGGCCCAGCCUGAGUAAGGAGAAGCAGCAGGAGCUGGUGAAGAGUGAGGAGAGCACAGUGUUCAGCCAGGCCAUCCACUACGCCAGCCUCAUGGUCUACAUACUUGUUCCUCUGGAUGCCAGCAAGAACAAGCUUCUCCGUGCUGCGCCUGCAGCAGACUGGGAGAGCGGCAGUAACAGCAUUGUCACCAACAGUAUUGCAGGCAGCGUAGCAGAAAGCUUCGACACAGAGAGCGGAUUUGAAGACUCUGAAAACAGUGACGUUGCCAACUCUGUGGUGAGGUUCAUCGCUCGGUUCAUUGACAAGGUUUGCACUGAGAGUGGAGUCACACAGGAUCACAUUAAGAACCUGCACAGCAUGAUUCCAGGUAUUGUGGCCAUACAAAUGGAAACUCUGGAGGCUGUCCAUAGGGAAAGCAGAAGACUUCCACCCAUCCAGAAACCAAAGAUCCUCCGGCCUGCCCUGCUCCCCGGAGAGGAGCUUGUGACGGAGGGUCUGCGGGUGGUCCUGGACCCCGAUGGCAGAGAGGAGGCCACAGGAGGCCUGCUGGGAGGACCACACAUUCUCCCGGCGGAAGGAGCGCUUUUCCUCACAACCUACCGCAUCAUCUUCAAAGGCACACCCCAUGAUCCUUUAGUUGGCGAGCAGCCAGUGAUCAGAAGUUUCCCAGUGUCCACGCUAACUAAAGACAAAAAGAUCAGCAUUCAGAACCAACUCCAUCAGAACAUGCAGGAGGGGCUACAGCUUAGGUCCGCCUCCUUCCAGCUGAUUAAGGUGGCGUUUGAUGAGGAGGUGACCUCUGAGAUGGUGGAAAUCUUCAGGAAGCACCUACAAAGGAUCCGUUACCCGCAAUCUAUCUUCAGUACCUUCGCCUUUGCUGCAGGACAGACAGUUCCUCAGCUUUUGCUGCCCAAACAGAAGGAGAGGAACACAGGCCUCCGCACGUUGUCCAAGACUAUAGUAAAAGGAGCUAAGAGAGCUGGCAAAAUCACCAUGGGCCGUCAGUCCACGCUGCAGAAGAAAAUUGAGAAAGGCAGCCGCAUGACCUGGCACGAGGAUGAUGACAUCUCGGUGUCAGAUGAAGGUGAGCCCCAUGCUAGUAGCACUCUGAAGGCCACGGAGAAGUCCACCAUGGAGCAGCUGGUGGAGCGUGCCUGUUUCCGAGACUACCAGAGGCUUGGUCUGGGCACCAUAACUGCCAGUUCCUCACGUUCCAAAAGCGGAGAGCAGUUCCGCGUGACUGCAGUCAACAGACUCUACUCACUCUGUCGAAGUUAUCCUGGACUACUGGUGGUGCCUCAGUCAGUGCAGGACAGCAGUCUGCAGAAGGUUGCGCGGUGCUACAGACACAACCGUUUGCCAGUAGUGUGCUGGAAGCAUCCUCGCACCAAAGCUGUGCUCCUCCGCUCUGGAGGCUUUCAUGGCAAAAGUGUGGUGGGACUGUUCAAGUCACAAAACCCAGCUACAACAGCCCCUGCUGCUUCAUCAGAGUCGUCCAGUAGUCUGGAGCAGGAGAAAUACCUGCAGGCCAUCCUGAGCUCAAUCCCAGCUUACUUCAAAUCCAACGGCAGCAACACACUGUCCAACCGUUCACUCGUCGGCCUUUCCCCAGCCAGCGAAAGAAGGUCAUCAAGAAUACCAAAGAUGGCGCCUGUCUACUUGGAUAUUUCCUUCUCCAACAGCUUCACCAGAGGAGUACUUGGGUACAGGGACAAACUAUUCACUCACACAAACCAAAAAUCUUCAGCUAAGGGGAGACUCCACAAUCAAGGUGUUUGGGCGAGCCUGCGCUCCAGCAGCAGGUUUAUCCAUCACCCCUCUGCAACUGAGGUGGGGGCACGGCUGGCAGGCAAGGAUCUAGCACCCCCUAUAGGCAGUGAAAGUCUUCAAGCACUUCUCAAGCAGCAAGCAGCCCUCUACAUCUUUGGAGAGAAGUCUCACCUCAGGGGCUUCAAGUUGGACUCCAUGCUGAACUGUGAGCUGGUGCCUGUGGAGUUUGCAGACACUCGGCAGGCAAAGGCAUCCUUUAAGAAACUGCUUCGAGCGUGCUCCCCCAGUGCCAUGCCGACAGACGCUGAAGACUCCUUCCUCAGGUCACUGGAGGAGAGCGAAUGGAUCCUGCAGCUACACAAGCUGCUCCAGCUGGCUCUGAUCCUAGUGGAGUUGUUGGACAGUGGGUCUUCAGUGUUGCUGAGUCUGGAGGAUGGUUGGGACAUUACUACACAGGUGGUGUCUUUAGUGCAGCUGCUGAGUGACCCAUUCUACCGGACAUUGGAGGGCUUCCAGGUCCUGGUGGAGAAGGAAUGGCUGUCCUUUGGCCACAAGUUCAGCCAACGUGGUAACCUAACCCCCAGCAGCCAGGGCAGCGGCUUCACGCCUGUCUUUCUGCAAUUCCUCGAUUGCGUGCACCAGGUUCAUAACCAGUACCCCCUGGAGUUUGAGUUUAAUCAUCACUAUCUGAAGUUCCUGGCGUACCACUACAUCUCCAAUCGCUUCAAGAACUUCCUCUUGGACUCAGACUACGAACGCCUGGAGCACGGCACAUUGUUUGAGGAUAAAGGAGACAAGCAGGCUAAGAGAGGGAUCUGUGUCUGGGAGUGUAUCAACAGAAUGCACCGUAGGAGUCCAGUCUUCUUCAACUACCUGUACAGUCCAUCUGAUGCAGAGCCUGUGUUGAAACCAUCCAUCUCCAUCCCCAACCUGACAAAAUGGGAGUUCUACACAGGUGAGACUCUGUCAACCGGACCCUCAUAUGACUGGAGCAUGCUGGCAGUGCCCUCAGAGAGCACAGAAGAGCCAGACACAAUCGCCACCAGCAAGAGGAGGAUUGUCUGGCCCUGCUACAGUAGUGUUGCCCGUGCUGAGCCAGAUGCCAUCACCAAACUGUUGGCAGACAUCGAGAGAUUGGAAGGGGAGCUGGGUCAGGCACCUGAGAGAUGGUAUACUACUCUGGAGAAAGUGCGAGCUAGUGUGCAAGAAGACCUCAAACAGGAGGGCAAUCUCCGGAAGCAGUCGGUGUCCAUCUCAGGACUGAUCCCCACCUCCAGCCUGCAGGCCUAUCAGCGCCACUCUAUGCUGCACCUGCCUGACAGCGGCCUGGGUGAAGACAGCAGCCCUACGGCAGCCAACGGGGUCAGCCGCAGAGCUGCCACUCUUUACAAUCAGUUCACCCCCAAAAAUGAGGAGAAUAGGUCGUUCGAAGGUGUCCUGUACAAGAGAGGUGCGUUACUGAAGGCCUGGAAGCGUAGAUGGUUUGUUCUGGACAUAACAAAGCAUCAAUUGAGAUACUACGACACGGAUGAAGACGUAAGCUCCAGGGGCCACAUAGACCUGGCCGAAGUUGAAUCGGUUAUGAUCGCCACACCGACCAUCGGAGCCCCCAAAAACAUCAGUGAAAAGGCUUUCUUUGAUCUGAAGACCACCAAGAGGGUGUACAACUUUUGUGCAGAGAACGCUCAGAGUGCCCAGCAGUGGAUGGACAAGAUCCAGAGCUGCAUCUCAGACGCGUAAAAGCCCACUUUCCUGAGAGGACUCUGUGACGGCCCGAGGACGGGGUCCUCACCUCUAUACCAUCUCCUUUGAUGCAGGGAGACUCACUGUGCUUUAGUAGGACCAUAGCAAAGCCCCCAGUGCCUGUUGAAGAGGAGUGUAACGAGUCUCUCUCUUGCUUUUCCACUUUGAGUGCGCCCAGGCAGCAGAAUCACUGCCACAGUAGUCCUCUAUGGAACUGUGCUUAUUCACAUUUAGAUGGAUCUGUUUUACCCAUCUGGCAGUUUCCACUCAACUACUCCUGACCUUGGCGUCAGGAAAACUGGUCAGAUUUUUACAUUCAGUGGAGACAAAGCAAUAGCACUACUUGUUUAAAAAAAAACUCUGGGUUCAAUAUAAAAUUAAGUACAAAUAGACUCAACGUAAGAAUAUAUAUUUCUGAUAAGAAAUAAGGUAUUGCUGCUUAUAAGAUGCAAAAGAACCGCCAAAAACUGUUGAAUAUUUUUAAAACAUGCACAAUAUACAAGGCAGUUUAUUUGCACUUAAUUCUACAAUAUGCACUCCAUAAAUAUAUAGAUUUUCUAACAGAUAAAAACAGCAAAGGCAAAAGGCAUUACUUUAUGUACAAAAACCUCUGUCUAUACAAGCGCAUACUCUAGAAAAAAGUACUUUGCACACUAAAGCAUAAAUAUUUCCUGCCGUUUUCUAUUUAAGUCGUUGAUGUCAUUGUUUUUUAAUACAUGAAUGUCUGCUUAUUGACAACAGGUUGUUUUUUGUGAUGUAAAUUAUUUUUUUAUCAUUAAAAAAGUAACUGGUGUAUGUUUAUGGAUGGUAAUUUUAUGUUCUCUGUAAAUAGCUGUGAUAUUUCAAGCUCUGUUUUAUACUUUGGUGAAUAUGAUGUGGAGUGAUUUUUCUAACCUUUUAACUGAACUGAAAGCAACAUACAGUUUUACAUAUGAUAUUGUCACGCAUACUGACCCCUAAAGCGCUUCCUCUGUAUGACUUGGCCGUUAGCCUUUGUGUUUGACAUGAAGGGAAGUACACUAAGUUUUGUCUGUUCUUGCCAAGGAUCUCGGAAUGUGUUGAAGGGCUCUCAUCUGGAUCUAUGGGACACUACAUGCUUUAGUUUUCAAUACUGUUUAGCCCUCUAUGUGUAUGUGUACAGUUUGAAGAAACAAAGCUGAAGAAAGCUCAACCCAACUAGAGAGAUGUCUGUUACUGUACCUGAAAAAGAUGUUACUGUACCCAUGUACCAUGUUCGUGGUGCCACUAAUGUUUUUUUAUUUGAAAUAAAUCAGAGUACUUGAACGUUU